UUUUUAUGAUAUUUUUGGUAAAUUUUGAUGAAAUUAUCAAUUUAUCGGUUGAUAAUUUAUCGUUAAAAGGGAGAAAAUCGAGCGAAAGACAGUUGAUAGAAAGACUCUUGAAGUCGUACGAAAAAUUUGGUCCUAAAUGCAGACCUAUUAGAAACAGCACAAAUAGUCUAAUAGUCUAUUUCUCCCUUAGCAUAGUAGCAGUUGAUUUAGACGAACGAGAUAAAGUUUUUACAGCUACAGCAAAUUAUCAAAUGAAAUGGAGGGAUGAAUAUAUGACAUGGAAUCCAAAAGAUUAUGAAAGUGUUAACAAUAUUCGACUGCCGAUGAAUAUGAUUUGGAGACCAGACAUAAUGUUAUAUAACACGGCAACGGCCGAAAAUGAAAUAUCAAAUGCACCAGUAAUAAUAAACUAUAACGGAGAUGUAACUUGGUUUGAAAAAAGUGUUUAUAAAUCAACUUGUAGCAUGACUGUUACGAAUUAUCCAUUUGAUGUUCAAACUUGCAAUCUGUGGUUUGGUUCUUGGACACACCCAAUUUAUGAAAUUGACUUUAGAAUUCUAGGAAAGCAGGGUUUAGAUGUCAGCCAGCUAGAGAAAUACUCCGUUUGGGAAGUGAGUUCUACAGAGGUUGACAGGAAAGAACAUGGUGGAGGAAAAAUUCCUACAUAUUCAAUUAUUACCUUUCGAUUUGAAUUAAAGAGACGAUUGACAUUCAUGAACGGUCUCUUAAUUGUUCCUUGCAUUAUAUUAUCAUCCUUAACUCUAACUGUGUUCUGCCUACCUCCUAGCAGACCUGAUAGAACCAUGUUAGCAAUGAGUCUUUUCGCUAGUUUUUUAUUUCUCCUACUGAUGUUGGUUGAAACGGCUCCACCUUCAGCUAGCUCCACUCCAAAAUUAGGAUUUUACUACAUCUUCAUUUUGAUUCUCAUAAUUUUGGCCAUCAUCCUGUCAACAGUGAUAAUCAACAUAUCAAAACUUGGAGAAACUGGUACUACUCCCCAUAAAAUUAUUUUUUUGUUGAUAAAAAUAGUAGCUAAAAUUUUCAAAACAGAGAAAAUGUACAAAUUGAAAAGAAAGCUUAAAGUGUUAAAGAAGAGAUUGGCAACCUCUGAGGGAAACUAUUAUAGCUACGGCGACAAAGAUUCUAUACUAUUAUUAAAAUUAAAAGAAAUAAAUUUCAUUUUGAAAAAAGUUGAACUACGUCAAUUGGAGAUUGAAGACAAGAAACAGUACAGAAAGUUUCUUAUCGAUAUUUGGAAGUAUUUUGCAAAAAUACUUGAUAGAUUCUUCUUUUGCGUCUAUUUGGUUAUUAUUAUCGUGUUUCUUAUAUGGUUUUUUCCAAGACCACUUUAAUAUCUAUAUUGUCAUUUUGUUACUCUUUUUUAAAAUUUUGACUUUAUAUACAUAAAAAGAAGAUAUAUAAAAAUAUAUAUAUAUUGUAUAUACACGGCAUAUUGGCGCCUUGUUUUGUAUUAUUCUUGAAUUGAUAUAAAUUUUAAAUUCAAUUGAAUAGAUAAAUUAUCAUCAAUCGAUAAAUAAGAAUACUAUUUUGCAUACCCAAACCGCAUAAAUGUGUACAAUAAACGUUUAUAGUAUAGUAUUUUUUCAAUUAUAAUUCGUGAUUGUUACUUUGUUUCUACUUUGUGUGCGUUUUUUGUCAAUAUUU